AUGACGACCACUGUGGGGAUGAAUGAAGCUGCUCCUGGAGACCGAGGCUCCGUGAUGGGCUGCGGCUAUUACCUGAAGUACAUGCGGGAAUUAGUAUCAGCAGAGUACCGGAAUGAACUGGUGGAAGUUGUCAAACUCGCUGGUCCAGUGGUUCUGUCGCAAUUGAUGAGCUUCAUGAUUUCUUUCAUCAGCAUGGUGUUCUGCGGUCAUCUGGGAAAACUGGAGCUUGCUGGAGUAUCAUUAGCCAUUGCGGUGGUUAAUACCACUGGUUUUUCCUUUGGCAGUGGUUUGGCACAAGCAUGUGAUACCCUCAUCAGUCAGACAUAUGGGAGCGGUAACCUGAAGCGUGUGGGUGUGAUUCUGCAGAGAGGGAUCCUGAUUCUGCUGCUGGCCUGUUUCCCCUGUUGGGCUGUUCUCAUCAACACUGAGACCAUUCUUCUUGCUGGCAAACAGAUUCCAGAAGUGGCCCGUCUGUCCCAGCUCUAUGUGAAGGUCAUCAUGCCUGCUCUGCCUGCUGACUUUAUGUACCGGCUGCAAGUGAAGUACCUUCAAAACCAGGGGAUUGUAUGGCCUCAAGUUGUAACUGGAGCAGUUGCGAACGUUAUUAACAUAGCCAUCAACUACAUUCUUCUCUUUUAUAUGAAGUUCGGAAUUGUAGGGUCUGCAGCAGCCAGUGUCAUCUCACAGUUUAGUCUGUUGGUGCUCCUCUACAUGUACACCUGCUGGAAGGGAUUGCACAAAACCACCUGGGGAGGUUGGUCCCUGGACUGUCUGCAGGAGUGGGGACUCUUCAUUAAACUGGCCGUCCCCACCAUGCUUAUGGUUUGUCUGGAUUGGUGGAUGUUUGAGUUGGGAAGAUUCCUGGCCGGUUUGAUUAGUGAGACUGAGCUGGGAGCACAGUCCAUUGCGCACCAGCUGUCUAUCAUCGUUUUCAUGAUUCCACUUGGGUUAUCUGGUGGUGCCAGUGUACGUGUCGGAAAUGCACUCGGAGCAGGAAACAUAGAGCAGGCCAAACUGUCUUGCAAAGUUCCCAUCAUCUGUUCAGCCAUAAUAGCAUGUGUAUUUGGAGCGAUUCUGAUCACCAGUAGAAAUGUGGUUGGAUACAUUUUCACUUCAGAGGAUGACAUCAUACAGAAGGUUGCUGAGGUGAUGCUUAUAUAUGGUUUCGUCCAUGUGCCAGAUGCUUUUGUGGGAGUCAUGGGAGGUGUUGUCAAGGGGAUAGGAAAACCAAUAAUUGGUGCCACGUGUAAUCUUGUGGGAUACUACUUCAUCGGUAUCCCUAUCGGCAUGUCACUGAUGUUUGCAGCAAAUUUAGGCAUUUCAGGUCUGUGGAUCGGAUUGGCUGUUUGUUUGACCCUGCAGGCAUCUUUUUUAAUCAUAUUUGUGUACAGACUUAAUUGGCAGAAAGCUGCUGAAAAGGCUCUUGUGAGAGCUGGAAUCCAAACCACAGAACAAACUGGACAGCCCAGCUGGGAAAUGCAGGGUGAAGCUCUUCUCAUGACUCCUCCAACUACUGUGGCAAAUGGUGAGGAGAAUGACAACCGCCAUGAGAUGCAAAGUCCAGUCCAGAAUAAAUCCAUGACCAACACAGUGGGAGAGGUUCUGUCAGGGAGACAGUUGGUUUUGCAACGUUCGUUGACAGUCCUGCUGAUGGUCUUUAUCCUUGUUGCUGGAAUCUUAACCAAUACUUUUGUCAUGAAACUCUUCAAAUAA